CGGCCCCGCCCCCACCACAAACGGAACAGCGUACCGGACGUAGCGCGUCUCGUCUCGUCCAUUUGCGUAGCAGAGCUCGAGCGAUAACUGUAGAUAGAGGAACUUAGAGCAGCUUGAACCUUCAGAGUUUCCUACACGGAUGUUUUUUUAAAACCUUCUCCAAGGAACCCACCUCUAAAUCCCGUAGAUUGGAAACUAGUAAAGCGCGGUGUAUUAUGGGGAACCGGGUGGCGCGUGAGGAUUUCGAAUGGGUUUAUACCGACCAGCCGCAUGCCGACCGGAGAAAAGAGAUCCUCGGCAAAUAUCCAGAGAUUAAAUCUCUAAUGGGACCUGACCCGAGGCUAAAAUGGAUUGUCUGCAUGAUGGUCGCCAUCCAAUUUCUGGCCUUUUACCUGGUCAAGGAUUUGGAUUGGAAGUGGGUCUUGUUUUGGACUUAUGUGUUCGGCAGUUGCAUAAACCACUCCAUGACUUUAGCCAUCCAUGAAAUCUCCCACAACACAGCAUUCGGCAACAAACAUGCCAAAUGGAAUCGCUGGUUCGCCAUCUUCGCCAACCUGCCAAUCGGUCUGCCUUACUCGGCGUCCUUCAAGCGAUACCACCUUGAUCACCACCGCUAUUUGGGUGGAGACGGUGUGGACGUGGACAUCCCUACCGAUUUCGAGGGUUGGUUCUUUUGCACUCGCCUCCGCAAGUUUGUUUGGAUUAUCCUGCAGCCCCUAUUCUACGCAAUUCGUCCUUUAUGCAUCAAUCCAAAACCCAUCAGUCUGCUGGAGAUCACUAAUGUGGUCAUCCAGUUUGCAUUCAACAUCCUUCUCUACUGGCUGUUGGGCACCAAACCUUUGUUUUACAUGCUGGCUGGCUCAAUGUUGGGAAUGGGCCUUCAUCCUAUCUCUGGACACUUCAUCGCUGAGCAUUACAUGUUCCUAAAGGGCCACGAGACCUAUUCUUAUUACGGAUCACUGAAUCUGCUCACUUUCAACGUAGGCUACCACAACGAGCAUCACGAUUUUCCCAGUAUCCCAGGACGAAGGCUUCCUCAGGUGAAGAAAAUUGCAGCUGAAUAUUACGAUGAUCUGCCCUGCUACACGUCAUGGGUGAAAGUCCUCUAUGAUUUCAUCAUGGAUGACGAGCUAAGUCCAUACUCACGCGUGAAGAGGAAGUUGAAGGGAGACCUCAAGUUGGAGUGAAUGGAUAUUUUGUUGACCAACCCCACCUACUAACCCCUUUAGUAACAGUUUUGGUUUAAGAAAGUGUGUGAACAAAGACUGGCUUUAUUAUUCUCUGUGCGUUUGUGUGCCUGCAAUCGAGAGAAUGGUCCUUUUAUUCGAAUCAUUUCAACAUCUUCAAAGUCUGUCGGUGAAACGAAACCAUGCCUCCUCCUUUGGGUUUUCACACAUCGAAGCUUUGUUGAGUAUCCGAUUCCUACCCGUGUAGGAAUUUUCUUAAAUUAGUCACUGCACAUUAAAAUCUUUCACAUAAUCGUUUUCACCUCAACAGAUUUUUAACGUUUUCUUAAAAUCAAAAACCUCAUUUAUAUUAACCUGCUUUGCCUGUUAGCCACAGAAUCCAUAGUUAGAAAACACACUAUACAAUUCACCUCGUGUAUACGCGAGAAACGCAUUGAUUUUCUGCAGGAGCCUCGGCCUCCAGGACGUUUGGCGUGACUGCGCACCUGCGAUUUCUAACCGUAAAAAUGUCAACAAAGCUUUUAUUAGCUUCAUUAAAUGUUCUUUUACUAACCUGGGUUAAUUAUUCGUCAGGACAAUGUCGGUGAUGAUUCCACAAACAACUCUUUAAACAAGAAACGACUUAUUAAAAACGUUUAAUAUUUGAACAGUCUGAGCACAGCGACAGAAUCAGACCUCUUCUCUGUAAUAGCGCCUCUAAGAGGCAGAGUUCUGCUCUCGCUAAAGCUUUAAUAUACCCUACGGGACAUCAGCCAAUGAGUGCACUGCAACAGUUAUAACCAUCUUAUUGUUAAAACCCGAUGGCAAGGUAAUGAAAUAAAAUACAAUAAUUACAAAAAUACUAAGUAAAAAAAUAAAUAAAUCAUAUCUGCUACAAAGUGUCCAAAGAUGAUCAAAAAGAAAAAAUGUAUUUUGAUAACUGUCCAAUUUCUACCUGCAAGUGUAUGUCCUUCCUUUAAUGCUUAUCACUGUCUAUAGAUUUUAAUGUGAUGUCGAAUUUUUUUUCUCUUUUUUUUUUUUUUUUGGUUUGGGUCCGUAUGACUAACAUGAGGAGUAUGUACUCAAGGUGUGGACCUGUAGACGUUCUCUCUGACCGAUAACUUAUCAUGCAUAUAUAAUAUUUAUUUUUAGAAAAGCAAGAGCGUUUGGACAGCCGGUGACCUUGCUCGCAAAAGGGUGCGUUGCUGAUGAAGAGUGUUUGAGCAGCGAAUGUAAAAAUCCGUGUGGUAAAAAACGAACCGUAAUGAUUGGCCGAGUUGGAGAAAUGUUACUUCUCAGCGAGCCUGUAGCCGUCCUGCACUUUAAAGUUUCCUAUUGGUCAAUGCCAGAUCGAACUCCAGCUUCAGUUAAAACGUAACCAUUUACCUACUGUUUUACUAGGAUCGUUUUUCUUUUCACAUUGUCUCUUUCAAGAAACAAAAUGGCUUGCAGAUUUAGGAUCGUGCCUUUGUUGAUUAUUCGGUCACGUAUGCAUAUUUAAGAGGUAUUACACCAAAUCACUGUUGAAUUCUCCAAUCUGAUUGGUCAGAAGGUGUUGCGAAUUUUCUGUAACGGCUCUGAUGAUAAAUCCGGCUGUACUUCAUGUCACAGGGUUUUAUUAAUGUGCUUGUCCUAAGUACAGUAAUCAUAUGCAUGGUAAAGCUGCCUUUUUGCCUUACUAAAUAAUUUUUUUUUUAAAAGAGAGAGAGAAAAGCCUGGUGAAUGAAGGUUUGCUUCCACUACUUAAUAAUGCAAGUAAUAAUAGAAACCGCCUUCUUGCAGGUUCGAUAUUACUUUAUUAAUAAUCAUAUUUCUGAGCCAUAAUAAACCUGAUUGAUCAGAAGAUAGAUAUUGUUUUUGUAGAACAGCACGACUCCCAGUUCCGUCUGUAAUGUGCAUAUCAGGUUGAUAUUAACACACUCGUUCUCAUACGUUAAUGGGAUGUUCUUGUUUGACAAAAUAAAUCUAAAUCUAUGGUGUGGCAAUGUUUUUAUUAGCAGAUUUAUUCACUCCUGUGUGGGAAAAAAAUAAUGGACCAGGUUUGAAAUGGCGAACAGAUUUAAUGGCAUGAACAAUAAAUCAUUGGACCCAGGAAAUUCA